GGCGGCGGCGGCUGCUGCGGGGCGGGUGUGAGGCGUCUGACCCGGCUGCGGGUCCCGGCAGGGCGCGGCGAGAUGGAGGUGACCGGGCUAUCUGCGCCCACAGUGACCGUUUUCAUCAGCAGCUCUCUUAACAGCUUUCGCUCCGAGAAGCGGUACAGUCGCAGCCUCACAAUAGCUGAAUUCAAGUGUAAACUAGAGCUGGUGGUGGGCAGUCCUGCGUCUUGCAUGGAACUGGAGCUGUAUGGAGCUGAUGAGAAGUUCUACAGCAAGCUGGAUCAGGAGGAUGCGCUGCUGGGAUCAUACCCCGUAGAUAACGGCUGCCGCAUCCAUGUCAUUGACCACAGUGGUGCUCGCCUUGGGGAGUAUGAGGAUGUAUCCAAGGUGGAAAAAUAUAGCAUCUCACAAGAAGCCUAUGACCAGAGGCAAGACUCGGUCCGCUCCUUCCUGAAGCGUAGUAAACUGGGCCGAUACAAUGAAGAGGAGCGGGCACAGCAACAGGCUGAGACCACCCAGCGCCUCGCGGAAGAGAAGGACCAGGCCAGUGCCAUCCCUGUAGGCAGCCGCUGUGAGGUGCGGGUACCUGGGCAGCCCCCUCGCCGGGGCACCGUCAUGUAUGUAGGACUCACAGAUUUCAAGCCUGGGCACUGGAUUGGCAUCCGCUAUGACGAGCCACUAGGGAAAAACGAUGGCAGUGUGAAUGGGAAACGCUACUUCGAAUGCCAGGCCAAGUACGGUGCCUUCGUCAAGCCAUCAGUUGUGACAGUGGGGGAUUUCCCCGAGGAGGACUACGGGUUGGACGAGAUGUGAUGCCCAAGGAAGGGCAUCGUCCUGCUCCAGCUAACUUGCCCACUUAUUGCCCCUUCCUAUGUGUGCCAAUGGCUCUUUUUCCCUGAUCCUGUUUUUAUUUUAUUUACUUUGUUCUUGCCAUUGACUUUUGAGACUUGUGCAUUAAAUUUGCCAGAACUGGGAAGUAUUUGGAGGACUCAGUGAUUAUAGGAAUGUCUGGGGGCAGCUGGGUAAGUGAGGGUGAAACAGGGGGCUGAGCAAAGUAGAGCAUGAAGCUUUAUCCCUUAGCUGGUAACUGGAGGCCCAUGAGACUCUUCUUUGUCCUUUGUUAGUUAAUAUAAUAUUAUGCUUCUAUGACACAUAGGCCCAAAAUAAUAGUGGCUUUCACAAAAUUGAAGUUUAUUUUUCUCCAUGGAAAGUUUUGCUUAAUCAUAAGAGCUAAUAGGGUGACCCUUCCAUCUCAGAGGCUGAUCUCCUUCUCCAUAUAUCUCACUCUCCCAUCUUCUUCUGAUUCCCACCUCAUCUGCUCUAGGCACUAGGAUCAGGGAGGAGGAGGGGUUACCCCUUGUCUUUAGGAAUGUGUAUGUAUAACUCAAAACCUGUUACUAGUUCAUUGGUCAGAAUUUUGUCUCAUAGCUACUUGUAACUGCAAAAGAGGCUGGGAAAUACAGUUUCUAUUCUGGGCAGCCAUGUUCCUGGUUAAAUAUCAGGAGUUCCUAUAUAAUAGAAGCUGGGGAGAAGGGAUGUGGGGGACAAACAAGUAGUUCUAACAUAGUCCCUGUGAGUGGGGGAUCUUUACCUGUUCAGUACAGUUGACCUUUGAACAACACAGGUUUGACCUGUGCGGGUCCACUUAUAUGUGAAUUUUUAAAAAUAAAUACUGUAAAUGUAUUUUCUCUUCCUUAUUAUUUUCUUAACAUUUCCUUUUUUUUUUUUUAGCUUACUUAAUUGUAAGAAUAUAGUGUAUACCUCUGGCUGGUGUGGCUCAGUGGAUUGAGCACCGGCCUAUGAACCAAAGGGUUGCUGAUUGGAUUCCCAGUCAGAGCACAU